CACUUUGCUGUAACCUUCAUAAUCACGAAGAAGUGUUAAGGAUGCAGGCUAUGGGGUUAGCAGGCUGUGACAUCUCUUCUUUAAAACUGUAACGUUUUACAACCCACAAUGGAACUCCCCGGUGUGAUUAAAUAAAACAAUUCACAGGGGAUUGUUGCAGAGUAAGCGUAGAGGCCGCCUGCUGAAGGCUUGCUCGUGCGAUUAGCCUCGUUCGUAGCUAAGCUGCCGCGCGCGCGUGCACAACAAGCGCGUCUGUUAUUAGCGGAGUCCAGAUGGAAACAACUGUCCCGAAAAGACGAGACAAAAAGUCUCUGCGGGUGAAGGUGAUCAGUCUGGGGAACGCAGAGGUGGGAAAGAGCUGCAUCAUCAAACGUUACUGCGAGAAGAGGUUCGUCCCCAAGUAUCUGGCCACCAUCGGGAUCGACUACGGCGUCACCAAGGUACAGGUUCGGGACCGGGAGAUCAAGGUGAACAUCUUCGACAUGGCCGGACACCCCUUUUUCUACGAGGUGCGGAACGAAUUCUACAAGGACAGCCAAGGCGUGCUGCUGGUGUACGACGUGGGCGUGCGCGAGAGCUUCGAGGCCUUGGACAGCUGGCUGGGAGAGAUGAAGCAGGAGAUGGGCUCUCAGGCCAACAUGGACAGCAUCGUGUUCAUCGUCUGUGCCAACAAGGUGGACUUAACGAAAAGAAGGGUGGUGGAUGAGGGCGAGGGCCGUUUGUGGGCGGAGUCCAGGGGCUUUCAUUACUUCGAGACGUCGGCUCAGAGCGGCGAGGGCAUCAACGAGAUGUUCCAGGCCUUCUUCUCCUCCAUCACCGACAUGUGCGAGAACGGCGGGAAGCGGCCCGUGUCUGAGGUCAGCGUGGGCUUCACCAAAGAGCAGGCCGACACCAUCAGGCGCAUUCGCAACAGCAAGGACUCGUGGGAUAUGCUUGGGGUGAAACCCGGUGCCACUCGGGAGGAGGUGAACAAGGCCUACAGGAAGCUGGCCGUCUUGCUCCACCCGGAUAAAUGCGUGGCGCCCGGCAGCGAGGACGCUUUCAAGGCGGUGGUGAACGCCCGUACCUCACUGUUAAAGAACAUUAAGUAAGAUACGCGUCACUGCGGGCUGAGGACUCACGACCGACGACUGCAGGAAACGCCACACCGACGUCUCAUUGAACCAACGCACGGAGAUGAGGGCUGCAGGGCUCCUGGUCACACGCUCAAACGAGAAUUCUGAAUGACAUUUUUCAUCCUUUUUCGGUUUGGAAUCUAAAAUGAGAGUUUUUUAAUUUAAAUCAUUUUUUUGUUUUCUAUUUUAAGAGCUGGACUACUAAGAAUUAAAAAAAACAGUUAAAGAAACCAUUUAAUUUAAUCUUACAUGAAAAAAGCUGCUGAAUUCAACAACUUAUUUGGAGUAAAGGUUAAUAUUAAAAAAAACUGAAUUAGAUCUAAAAGAAAAUUGACAAGAAAAAUUGUGAAAAACACAUUUCAAAAUAAAACAGAUUGUUAAAAACAGCUUUAGGAGAAAGCUUUUCAAAAUAAAAGAAGUCAUUGUGCUUAUUUAAUUGGUAUUUGUUUGGAGUUUAGAUGUUAGACAUAUUUUAAGUUAGAUCUCAAUAUUCUUCAAAGUGUACUUAUUCAAAACAUUAGAUUUAGUAUUUAUAUUUAUUAGAUAAAAUAUAUAAUUUAUUUUAACACUCAAAUAAUAUUAAACUAUAUUUUUGGCAUUAUUUGGGUGAGUGUCUUCCAGCUCCUGCGGCUCUUCUCUUCCUCUCAUCAGUGUUUCAAUGUUUCAAGUCCAGUCACGGUUUUACAUGUUGUUGUUGUUGUUGUUCACUGUUGUUUGAUGUUCUGCCAAAUCAUUAACGGUGAGAAAUGACAAAAAUCGAGUGCAUGUUGGAUUUGUCACUUCAUGUUCUUGAAAAGCUAAAGGAGGCUCCGCCUCUUCGUUGCACCUGCCCACAAGCCAAUCAGCGCUCUGGAGGACUCCAUCCAAAAAUGAUCCAUGUAAUGGAUUGAAGAGGAAAUGUGCAAUAUUUAUAAUUUUGUGUGUGUGUUUUUUUUUUUAAGUUAUUUAAUUAAACAAUUUGUGUCCAAAAAGUGUUACAAACGUACAAAACUUAGUUUUACGCAAAGAUUCGAAAAAAACUUUUUUUUCAUUAAAAAAGGUGUUCUCUAUUCUCUAUUACUCUAUUUCAAACUCUUUUUUUCUUUUCUUUAAAUUCCUGUACAUCUAUUGAGCUUGUUAAAGCUGCCAAUUUAUUUUGUUUGUUUUUGAAGUAAAACUUUUGCUGUUGGUUAGUUUUUUUUUUCCCGGUGUGCCGUCAGUUGCUGAUGAAAACACUAAGUGCUCAAAAAAAAAAAAGACAGAGGCUGUGUCCGAAUUCCUUCACUAUUCACUACAUAGUGCACUAUAUAGUGCGUUCGCCAUUUUGCAGUGCUGUCCGAGUCUACAAUUCCAAAACUGAGUGCCCUACAAAAUUUCCCAGAAGUCUCUGGGACAAACCAGUGUGCAUCGAUGCUCACUAGAUUGACGAAGAUAGACCACAAUACAUUGCGAUUAAACAAUUUUGCCAAAAACAUGUAUUUAACUUUUGGGAUCCAGUUUUGUUACAUUUUAUGCAGAUGACUACAGGUUUUUUUUGACCAACCAAUAUACUUUAUAUACUUUGAAAAUGCAUUUUCUUGUCAGCUAAAUUCACAAUUGUUGAACCAAGUUGAUUUUUAAACAUUUUCUUAUAUUUUCUCUAAUAAGAAAAAAAGAAAUUUAGUGAGCAUGGUGUCCAAAUUGCUUUCAAAAUUCAGGGCACUACAUAGUGCGGCACUAUAUAGUUUUUUUAGUAGUUAGGGUGGGAAUUUGGACAGAGCUCUAAUGUGUUUGUCUAUGCCUCUUGUUUCCUCCCUACCUCCAGCCCUUUGUUUCAUGUUUUCGCUGCGUUUCUCAGCGGACCGUCGGAUUCUCGUUCCUUUGAGUCACUUCUGGUCUGCAUGAUGGACGUUUCGUGUGCCAUCGAAACUCUCGAUGUUCACAGAACCACAAAAACUUCCUCAGCUUUUCACUGACCUUUGGUUUGGUUUGAACCUGGACUUGGAAUGGAACUUGUUUUGUGUCGCAAAAGGUUCUCUCACGCCCGUUGUUUACACGAUGAAGAUGAGCAGUUUCCUCCAACAGCAUGAACAUUUCCCAGGUUUACGUUUGUACGUGUGUGUCUGUGGUAACGGGAAUGAAUAAAGGCGCUCUCAUCUUC